CUAUUUCCUACAUGAGUUGUAUGACUCAGUUAUUUUUUUUAUCUUUUUGGGAGUAACUGAAUUUUACCUUCUGGCUGCCAUGUCCAAUGACCGUUAUGUGGCUAUAUGUAAACCCCCGCAUUAUACCACCAUCGUGAGCAACAGAGUUUGCUACCAACUUGUAUUCAGCUCCUGGGUAACUGGAUUCCUGAUUAUCUUUCCUCCAAGGAUCUUGGGACUCAAGUUGGAAUUCUGUGCUUCCAAUGUCAUUGGUCAUUUUAUUUGUGAUUCAUCCCCCAUCCUGCAGAUCUCUUGUUCUGAUACACAUUUCCUAGAGCUAAUGUGUUUUCUCUUGGCUAUUGUCACACUAAUGGUCACACUGAUGUUAGUGAUUCUCUCUUAUGGCUACAUCAUUAAAACAAUUCUCAAAUUCCCUUCUAUUCAGCAAAGGACCAAAGCCUUUUCUACCUGUUCUUCCCACAUGAUUGUAGUUUCCAUCUCUUAUGGUAGCUGUAUCUUCACGUACAUAAAACCAUCAGCAAAUGAUAGAGUGACUUUAAGCAAAGGAGUAGCUGUGCUCAAUACCUCAGUUGCCCCCUUAUUGAAUCCUUUCAUUUACACCUUAAGGAACCAGCAAGUGAAACAGGCAUUUAAGGACAUGGUCCAGAAACUUUCAUUUCGUCAAAUAAAUGAGAAAAUUCUAAAAAAAUGA